AACCUACCCUCUCUUUUCCCGGACGACGUUUCCUUCCAUCCUAGAAUCCCAUUUCCUCUUCUCAACUCUGUCAAUUGUUUAUUGGCGAGACUACGUAAAAGCAAACAUGUUGCCGAUUGUUCGUUGCUUCGAGCAAUACGCCUGAUGCGAUAUUAUUUUCAUCAAGGCCGCUGAGAGGUUCGGAGAAACAGUCAGCUGCAGCAUUCGUGAAGAACGAAAAAGCUUAACGAGGCUGAGUUCUUGCUGCGGAAAGCGAAGACUCUUUUCCUCUUCAUCUUUCUCCUACUCAUCCAUUCUUCUCCUUCGAUUGCAUCCAUCCGGUCAUUAUCUCACAAUCAAGAUAUCGAAUUGCGAUUGUAUAUCUUCUCUCUUUUCUACGCUCGGACAUGGAGGGCCUCGGUGCGGCUGCCAGUAUUAUUGCUGUUGCCUCGAUUGCGAUCCAAAUUGGUGAUAGCGUCCUCAAGCUCAAGAGGUUUGUAGAUGAUAUCAAGGAUGCGCCAGAAGAGAUCAAAAUGCUCACCGACGAAACCAAGACCCUCGGGUUGAUCUUGUCUGUGUGUCUCAAUUUCCUUUCUUCUUACUGAAUGCCGGAAUAACAUCAUAAUCUGACUUUGAUCUAAUUCAGACCAUCCUACCUCCUGAUACAGCAAGCCAUGCUUUCCAAGCGACCAGCGCUUUAGCAACUCAAUGCCUUGACUCAUGCCGUGAGGCUGCAAAUAACCUCGAGAAAGCCGUUACUGAGCUACAUGUCGAAAUAAAGAGCCCCGAAAGUUUAGGGGAGGCUUCAAGGCUACCCUUAAGAAAGGGACUAUUUAUAAGUUGA